AUGGCUGAACAACUUCAGCUGGGAGUGGGCUGCCAUGCCUACAUCGAGGGCGUGGAGACUUCAUACGGAUACGUCCCUACACUAGCAGCAGGCAUCGCAUACUGUACACUUUUCGGUCUCUCAAUGAUCCUGCAUACAGUUCAAAUGGCCUGGAAGCGAACAUGGUGGACGAGCGUAUUCAGCAUCGGAUGUUUAGUCGAAGUAAUUGGCUGGGCAGGCCGUACCUGGUCAUCCAAAUGCCCAUAUAGCUCAACCGCAUUCCUAAUGCAAAUCUCCACCCUCAUCAUCGCCCCAACCUUCUACACAGCAGGCAUCUACAUCCUCCUAGGCCGCUUCAUCCAACUCCUUGGCAACGAAUCCUCAAUUUUAAAGCCAAAGCUCUACCUCUGGAUCUUCUGCACCUGCGAUGUAAUCUCGCUAGUCGUCCAAGCCGUCGGCGGAGGCAUGGCCUCCGGAGAAGCGGGCCAGAUCGACGGCGAUACAGCGCCAGGAACGCACAUCAUGGUUGCCGGCAUUGUCUUCCAACUAUUCUCGAUUACGAUCUUUGUUUUCUGCGCGGCUGACUUUGUCCGUCGCACGAUGCGCCGCCGCCUGCUGCAGUCGCUUACUGGGUCGGUUAUUCCUUUGUUUGCUGCGAUGGUAUUGUCUAUUGUUUGCAUCUAUAUUCGGAGUAUUUACCGGACUAUUGAGUUGUCGCAGGGUUGGUCUGGGUAUCUUAUUACUCAUGAAAGUUACUUUAUUGCGCUUGAUGGUGCCAUGAUGAUUGUUUGUGUCGCUGUCUUUAAUGUGCUUCAUCCUGGUUGGUUGUUGCCCAGUGGGAAGAAUUUCUCGUCCAAGCCUGACAGGCCAUCUACUGAUGGACUGGAAAUGAAUAGCUCUGUUGAUGGGUUGGAGGGGAGCCGUGGUCCUCCUCUUCAUUGGUGA